UCGGCUAAAGUGUUCCGUGUCGGCCUGUCGCUUCGUUUGUGAUGAGUGCGGUUAUUCGAUUUAAAUAAUGUUUUUAUUUUUUCGUGAAUGAAAACAGCUUCAAUCAACAACUGUAUUGAUUGAAUAGUUGCUAAAAAUAUUGUGAAAACCUAAUUGGCUAGCUAAUAACGGUAUUUUCACUAUAAUUAACAAUAAACAUACGUUCCCAUCGCCCUGAUUUCAUGGAGGAUAUUCGUGUUUAUAAAUAUUGAUUUGUUGCAUAUCUCGUUUUCUUUCAUUUCCAUUGUGUCUUAAAUUGUGAAGUGCAAUGUAGGUAGACGUAGGAAGUGUAAAAGAUAACAAUUGUUAGAGUGAAAAUGCAACAGAUGUCUUAUUUUCGCUAUGGCGCUUUACCGUGUGUUGUGAUCGUAAGCGGUCGAUCGUGUUUUCAGUGAUUUUGUGUUGGAUUUGUGCUGAAUUUUGACAAUGGAGGGGACUACGGAAAAGGAUUGUUCCCCACUGUGGAACCUCUAUCAGCAAAUAGUAGCAGAUAUGAAGAAUAGCGCACCGAUGUGGGAGGAGUUCAUAUCGAAAGCUACGAAACUGCACUCGGCAUUGAAGUCAGCGCUGGUCGCGAUUGCCGCUUUUCUGGAUGCCUUCCAGAAAAUUGCUGACGCGGCAACCAAUGCAAGAGGUGCGACAAAGGAGAUCGGCACAGCUCUCACUCGAGUAUGUUUGAGGCAUCGAGCCAUAGAAACCAGGAUGAAGACAUUUAUAAGCACACUAAUGGAGCGCCUAAUAACACCGCUAUCUGAACGCGCCGAAGAAUGGCGUCGUGGAUGCAACGGCACCGGUGCUCUGAGCCGUGAGCACGCACGGGAGUGUAAACGUGCUCGUGCAGAACUCAGACGCAGGGUGCAUGAAACGCAGAGGCAGUCGAGGAAGGCUAGGCGAGCGACGCCUGAUUUGAAGAGACGAAAUGAUGUGUCGUUACAGGAUAUACAAGAGCGCAAAGAACAAUUGGAGGAAAUGGAAGAGAAAGCCGUGAAGGCAGCACUUAUAGAGGAGAGGAGUCGCUUCUGUCACUUCGUUUCGUUGCUCAACCCUGUUGUGGAGAGUGAAGUGGCAAUGCUAGCAGAGGUCGGUCACCUGCAAGAAGGUACAGAACAACUGGCUCGACACACGACAGAGCCGAGAAGCCUGCCGCCGGCCAGCUUGCAGGUGAUCUGCGACAUAAAGUGCAGUUACAGCGGUUGGGAGGGCGGCUCUGCACCGCACUCGCCGAGCUCCUCCCGUCUCGGGAGUCGCAAGUCAUCGCUCACGUCUAUAUGCUCUUUGAGUCACUCGGAACGGCAUGAUUCAACAGUAAGUUGCUCCACACCGAUAUCAAACGCGUCCUCCGGCGGCGGGACCCCCGCGCCGACUGACUCGCAUCAUUGUCUCAAUCAGUCCCCAUUCCGGUUGGCGAGUGUGUGCAGUACUGAUUCCGGUUUUAGAUCUCAAGACGCGUUGCAGCGGCCCUCGCUUUAUGUAGAUAAUGGCUCAGACAACCAAAGCGUGAACAGCGAAUGCCUUACACCGUCGAAGACUCGCGACGAAGCUGAUGACGCUCAUGAUAUUAUGAAUGCCGCAUCAGCAACUUGGCCAGAUUUGAAAGACACGGCUCAAUUUGAGAGAGCCGCUUCUGCUAUAAUGGGGGGCAGGCCGCAUACUAUAUCUGCUGCAGGUUCAGAACGUGCUCACACUCGUCCCGCGCUGAGCGUGCACACAUUUUCGGAGAAUCAACGCGACACGGGCAUAUACGCUAGACCGCCAUUGCCCACUAGAUGUUCCUCGCUAGAGAGACCUCUAGUGCCGUCUAAAGCCAACUCGAUGUUACACAGCGAAAUGAAACCGAAGCCGUCGUCACUACCGCCGCAUUUGACUAAAGAAAUGCCGCAAGCGUUGUAUGUGAAUAUGUCGGAGUUGGCUACAAUGGCGGCGUCACGUGCGCAGCAACAACACGGGGAAUUUGCGCAACAGGAAAAGGUGUGCUCCGAGUCGUCAGCAAGCGAAUCGUCCCUCGAAUCGUCAAGUGGGUAUGGAAGUCAAGGUGCUUUCGCGGCUGAGGACCACGCGCACCACCAGGCGUCGCUCGCCGAUGUCACGUCAGAGAUAGUCACGUUACGCCGUGACGCGGUCGCCGCAGCGCGGGACAGCUUCUCCGUGUCUCUGGGCAGCUUGGAGGAAGCUGUUAGGAGCUUGGAAGAGCUGGAUCAGCCAACGUUCGCUACUGUGGGCAAGCCGGCUGUGCCGAAACGUCGCCCGGUGUCUAUGUCUGCGACUCCAUCAGUAUGGUCUCGUCGUGGUUCGUCCAGUUCAGUGGGCAAGCCUCCGCCGCCGGUACGACGCUCGUCAUCUAUAUCGAGACCGCAGAGACCUUUUGUGCAGAGCAACGUGCAAAACGCACAUUUGAAUACAACAGACGCGGACAACUUGCCUCCGCCCCCGGCUUUCCUCUUGCAGCCAGAUCAUGAAAGCGGUGCUGGUCAUCAAGGCAUAAACGUGGCGGAAACAGUCAAACAACUAACCGAACUAAAGCACAUGCCGGCUUCUCCCGGCCUCUUAAGACGAACGAUCAACCAGAAUCAGAAUCAACAGAACCAGAAUCAGAAUCAGCAAAACCAGAAUCAGAAUCAACAGAAUCAGAAUUAUGAAAGCCAAAGUCAGAGUCAAUUGAGCACUUUUCAACAGGCUAAAAGUAAUUUUGCUGGCAGUUUGAACCCUAUUUACGGGCAGACAGGGCAUAGAAUCGCAUUCGAGAAUUCUAUAUAUGUACGGAAGAAUAGCUUGAACAGCUCUAACUCGGAUUUGUUCAGGGAUGGCGGUUCAAGUAACAUGUACGGUGAAAUAAAAGAUUCCUCUCAAGCCUCGUCUCCCUCCACGCCCGGUAAUUCCGACAAGCCGUUCUCAAGCUUCGGUCCGAGGAUACAUAAUGAUUCGCAUUACGGACAGACUGGUCUGAAACUAACAGAGCGUCGUCAAGCGGACGGUAUAUACGCAGUGCCGGGCGCGCUCAGCUCGCGGCUCGCAGCACGAUCGCACAGUGCUGAUAGACAGCCGAGUGGUCUGAUAGCCAGCUUAAGCGCUAAACUAGCUCCACAACUAUCGCCCAGAACGAGUCGUCGAGCUAUAUCCACUAUCACUGCGGCUGACACACAUAAGCCUAAAGCAAUCCCAGCAGUCCAACCGGCAUUUUUGGACAAACUAUCAGCGACACUACAACGCCGUGCGACCAACCGCGGUGCUAUUGUGAGAGACACUAUUAAUGCAAGGGCGCAGCCGGACCCGCGCGUAUGUCACACAUCACUAAUGGAGCAGAUCAAGCGAGGCGCAACACUACGUCGCAACAAACUCUGCAACGAUAGAUCCGCGCCCAAAAUACGUUAACUAUCGAUACAUAUUCACAUCACUAUCUAUAUAAAAAUAAAUUUGGAUCUAAUUACGUUCGAUUUGUGUAUUUUGUAAUGUCAAUCACAUCACUAUUCAACAGGUGCACAUGACAUUUUUAUCGAUACCCUAUAACAUCACUACGAAGGCGCAAUGCCCAUACGUUUUGCAACGAUGAUUCGCGCCUAAUUUUACGAAUAUAUAUCGACAAUUGUCACAUCACUAUUUAUAAUUUGUAAAUUGUAAACGUGUAGCAAUGUUCGCCAAAUUUGUAUUUAUAACGAUUACAAUAUUUCGAAUAAUUUGUGUUUCAAUGUGAUUAUAAAAUGUGUAAUUGUAAAAAAUGUAUAGCGUCGUCUCUUUCACUCUUAUGGCUCAUGCUUAAGUUAGAAAGAGACGGAUGUAUACAUUAUUAUUUUUAGGAGUAGAUAUUGAAUGGAUAUGAUUAAUUAAAUCGUAACUAAUUUUAUAAUAUAGGUGUUUUAAGUUUAAUAUUUAUCAUACAUAUUAUAUAGAUGUUUUUAUUGCCACCUCCAUUUAACAGAAUCUUUUUACUAACAAUAAUUACAAGGUCUUUAUUAUGUGCUUUUUUUUCUUGAAUAGGUGACUUAACAUCACUAUAUACUGAAACUUUGUACAAUAAUAUUAUUUCCUCUUCUUUCUUAAAAUUUUAGGAAAGAUUAGAAUUCCAUUGCCUAAGUUAAUAUAUUUGAUUUUUUCAUAUUCGACAAGUAGAAACUUUAGUCGUCAAAAGACUCAAUUAAAUAUUCAAACCGAGACAAUAUUUGCUCCUCUAUAUUUAUUUAACUAAUAAAUUUCAAGUAUAAACUUGAUUAUUCC